ACUAAAGAGCAGAGACACAAUACUUUAUUUGUUUGUUGUCACCCUCAGUACUUGGAAAAAGAAGACCAAGAACAAGAAGCCACAACAUUAUGGCAUCACCUCGUCCCCUGCGAAUAGGCUACGUGCCAGAACACUUCUCCACCCCCAUCCACUUUGCCAAAAAGUACUACGGCCUGGAUGCAGACCUCGUGCCUUUCCCCUCGGGGACGGGCCACAUGAUCACCUCUCUGCGCUCAGGCGAGAUUGACGUCGGCAUCGGCCUGACUGAGGCCUGGGUCGCCGGCUUGGGCAAGGAGGAUGUCCAGGGUGAUGGCGGUUACAAGAUUGUCGGCACCUUUGUCGAGACACCACUCUGCUGGGCUGUUUCUACUGGCGCCGCGAGGACCGACGUCACGGAUGUAGCCUCGUUGAAGGGCACCAAGAUCGGUGUCUCGAGGCUUGGCUCAGGGUCCUACGUGAUGGGUUUCGUCCUCGCAGAUCAACAGGGCUGGCUGUCGUCGCCACCCUCGUCCUCAUCAUCCGCUGCUGCUGCUACUGCUGCUGCUACCACCGGCCCCUACUCGCAGGCCGUCGUCCUGAACACCUUUGAGAACCUGCGCAGGGCCGUCAACUCUGGCGAGGCCGACUUCUUCAUGUGGGAGCACUUCACCUCCAAGCGCUACUACGAUGCCGGCGAGAUCCGCAAGGUGGGCGAGAUCUACACGCCCUGGAGCAGCUGGAAGAUUGUGGUGAGCACCUCGCUCGUCCCCACUGCUGCCGGCGAUGACGGGCUGGAUGAGCGGGUGCGCGACUUGUUCAGGAGGCUGGACCAGGGCAUCAAGCACUUCAACGAGAACGGGGAGGAGGCGGUGCGGUACAUCAGUACCGAGCUGGACUACUCUGAGGAGGACGCACGGGAGUGGAUCAAGACAGUGCGGUUCCCUGUGAGCACGGAGGGUGUGGAUGUCAAGGUUGUUGGGAACACGGUUGGGGUGCUGCGGAAGGCUGGAGUGCUCUUUGAGGGGAGAGGGAUGGAGCCUGGCGUGAUGAUUGCGAAGCAGCGGUGA